GUGUGUGUGUGUGUGUGUGUGUGUGUGUGUGUGUGUGCAGCUCCAGGCUCUGAUGGACAAAGUGGGGACUAUGGGCGGGGCCUGGAAAUUUAAUCUGGGGAGGCAGGGCAUAGGAUGGAAUUUUGUAGGUCUUUUAAGGGAAGAUUAUAAUCCCACUUGGAUUUACGGCAUGCAGGAUAGGGGGAGGGGAGAGAGAGAGAGAGAGAGAGAGAGAGAGAGAGAGAGAGAGAGAGAGAGAGAGAGAUUAGGGGCACAGGGCCAGAUCUUCUUAGAUCUCAUCUGUGCAAGUGCACUAGUGUGGCAGUAGUAUUGUCAGUGCUGACCUGUGAUCAGUUAUCUGAUGAUACUCCAUUCAGCUCAACCUUAGGAGCCAGUGCAUCCAUCAGAUCUUCCACCAGUACUUUUGAAUCUUGUAUCUGACAAAGAGGGCAGCUUUCAUUUCCUAAACAUCGUUGGUAGAAAGUAUAGAAUUGUUCUGAUUGGCUGUGGUGAUGCAUUGAAGUGUGGCAAUGCUCGACCUGUAGGGUAGUGAACUCUCUGGUCUAACACGAGUGAUGACACACUGAUGUCAAUGUACACAAUGUUCAUUAGAGGGAGAGAGGGGGAGAGUGCAAGGUAGAGAGAGCAAAAUGGGAGGUAUAUGUUGGCUCACUUUUUUGUGUGCACAUGUAUGUGUGGAGAGGGGUGACAUGGAGUCCACUAUCACACUCUCGAGUGGUGGUUCUUAAUAAGAAUCCUUACAUAAGUACUAUCCCUACACAGCAAGAGAGGAUUGUGGGAUUGAUUGUGUGUGUUUGUGUGUGUGGUGUGUGUGUGUGUGUGUGUGUGUGCGUGUGUGUGUGUGUGUGUGUGUGUGUGUGCGCGCGCCGAGGGAGGUAGUAUUAAAGGCAGUGUGUGGACUGGAUUUACGUUCACAUCUGUGCAACCCAGUGGCUUUCGUCUGUCGUUUCCUUUCUGCCCUCUCUCUCUAUCUCUCUCUCUCUAGGUCUCUCUUUUCCACCUUUCCCCCUUCACGCUUUACUCCACUCUCCUCUCCUCCUUUCCCCCUCUUCACUCUUCAUCCCUCUCUCCAGCUCUUCCUCUGCCUCCUUUCCACAACCCUUCUUCCAAUUUACAGCGUGAAUUUCUAUCUGCUGGUCACCCCUCCCCCCCACCUCUCUCUCUCUCUCUCUCUCUCUCUCUCUCUCUCUCUCUCUCUCUCUCUCUCCCCCCCUCUCUCUCUCUCCAACUGAGCGGUUGCUUUGCUGCGGCAUUGUAGGCAUCUGUGCAGCUAUCUGGGCUGUGUGUGCGUUGCUGUAGUCAGCGGUGUGGGCUGUGCCAGUUUGAAGCGUAGCGUUCGGAGCCGCGUGCCGAGGGUUGAGGGCUGACAUGGUGCUGGCGCUAGAGCAGAGGCUCUCUGAUGGGGCGGAGCCAGGCGUAGGGGCCGAGGAGCCCGAGGAGUCCGGCGAGGGCGACCACACCGCUGAGGGCGAGGAGGACCACACGGGCGAGGAGGACCACAACGCCGAGGCUAUGCAGCAGGUGUUGGAUAAUCUGGGCGGGUUGCCCACCUCUACCGGAGCCAAAGACCUGGACCUGAUCUUCCUGCGAGGGAUCAUGGAGAGCCCAAUCGUACGUUCACUCGCUAAGGCUCAUGAGCGUCUGGAGGACGUGAGGCUGGAGGCGGUACAGGAGAACAACAUGGAGCUGGUCAACGACAUCCUGGGAGACAUCAGUGUCCUGACGGUGAGAGACGACAGCGCUGCGGAACUCACCAAAAUCCUGCAGGAACCCCACUUCCAGUCUCUGCUGGAGGCUCACGACAUGGUGGCAUCUAAGUGCUACGAGGCCCCUCCCCCGCAGGACAUGAGUAACGAUGCGCUGGUGAACAGCGCUCUCAUGCAGGCAGACGCGGUCAGGAUGAUUGGCAUCCGCAAGAAAGCCGGAGAACCUCUGGGUGUGACAUUCCGUGUGGAGAAAGAUGACCUGGUUAUCGCACGGAUCCUCCAUGGGGGCAUGAUUGACAGGCAAGGCUUGCUCCAUGUAGGUGACAUCAUAAAGGAGGUGAAUGGGAAGGACGUUGGGAACAACCCAACAGAACUGCAGGAGAUGCUGAAGGAAUGCAGCGGAAGCAUCACCCUGAAAAUCCUGCCCAGCUACAGAGAUGCCCCUGCACCUCCACAGGUCUAUGUGCAGCCUCACUUUGACUACAAUCCAGCCAAUGACAAUCUGAUUCCAUGCAAAGAGGCGGGGUUAGCCUUCCAGCGAGGGGACAUCCUACAGAUUGUUAAUAGGGAGGACCCUAACUGGUGGCAGGCUUGUCAUGUUGUGGGUGGAGCUACAGGUCUGAUACCCAGUCAGUUCCUGGAAGAAAAGAGAAAAGCGUUUGUUCCUAAAGACUGGGAUGGUGCAGGUGCUCUGUGUGGCACAAUAACUGGGAAGAAGAAGAAGAAGAUGAUGUAUCUCACAGCCAAAAAUGCAGAGUUUGACAGGCAUGAGUUGCAGAUUUAUGAGGAAGUUGCAAAGAUGCCGCCUUUCCAGAGGAAGACCCUGGUUCUGAUUGGUGCUCAGGGAGUGGGCCGCCGCAGCCUGAAGAACCGCUUGGUGGUGCUGCAACCCGAACGCUUUGCAACCACAGUACCAUUCACGUCACGACGGUCACGUGACGAAGAACGCGAUGGCCACUCCUACCGCUUUGUGUCACGGAUAGAAAUGGAAAUUGACAUCCGAGCUGCCCGCUACCUGGAGCAUGGCGAGUAUGACGGCAACCUGUACGGCACGAAGAUCGAGUCCAUCCACCAGGUGGUGGAAACAGGCCGAACCUGCAUCCUGGACGUCAACCCUCAGGCGCUUAAAGUCUUGAAGACAUCAGAGUUCAUGCCAUAUGUUGUUUUCAUUGGUGCGCCUGAGUUCGAAACCCUGAAAGCUAUGCACAAAGCGGUGGUCGAUGCUGGAAUCACUACCAAGCAACUCACAGAUGUGGACUUGAGGAAGACCGUUGAGGAGAGUGCACGCAUCCAGAGGGCGUACAGCCACUAUUUUGAUUUGACCAUUGUCAAUGAUAAUUUGGACCAUGCAUUUGAGAAGCUUCAGGCAGCAGUUGACAAACUCUGCUCAGAGCCACAGUGGGUCCCGGUCAACUGGGUUUAUUGAGAGUGUAAAAUACACAUGCACAUAGUCUCACACACACAAACACACACACAUAUCACUCUGAAGGGUGUGUGUGUGUUUGUGUAAAUACCUCUGGCGACUGGUGUAGUUUGUGUGGCGGAUUACCCAUUCGCUGCACCAGAACAGUUUUAGCCACUCGUGUGUGUGUGUGUGUGUGUGUGUGUGUGUGUGUGAGUGAAACAAAAUCCCGCCCCCUUUUGCAUUUUCCAAUGAAGUGUUAUUUUCUACUGAAUCUGAAGAAUCUUUUAUUUAUUUUAAUAUUUGCAAGUUUCUACAAGAAAAUAUUUCUAAUCACGACAACAAGGAAUUCAAAAGGAGAAAAUUGGAAGAGAGAGGAGCUGUAUGAGCUCUCAUAUGUUCUAACUCACUGCUGUGUGAGUGUGCUAUUUUUUUUUUGUUUGGUUUUUUUUUUUUGUAGCUUCCUGGACCCAAUGCUGUUAGUUCACUUUUUGUUAACUAAAAUGGUCGCAAAAGAGAAAUGCAUCUUGUAGCUAAAUUGAAAAAGGGCUUUACUGGAACCAAGACAGCAGGUCAAGAACAAGGGCAAAAUGGAGACGGGAGUGUUCCAGAACCCGAAUGAGAAAAAUCCUUCAGAAUUGUUUACAAUGGUGUGCUGAGGUUGGUUGCCAUGGUCGUGGUGGUGUAAGACGAGCUGAAGCACAUCGCAGAGACCCUCAGACAACUGUGAUAGAUCUCAAGACGUCACCUCUAUGCUUUUACCAGUUCUCACUUUCAGAAGUCUGAUAUCCCCUGUGCAUGUCUGUGUGUCAUAAUGACAGCUGUGUUUUGUAGCUUUUGUCUCAUUUCUUGUAAUGUUUUUAUUAUGUGUUAAAAAAAAAACACUAUUUGUCACACAAAGAUCACUUUAGCUCGGAGAUCUAGUCAUCAGAUUCCCCAUUAUGCUUUUUGUAGUUUUUUUUUAAAUGGAACCAAAGUCACCCUUUUAGGAACCACUCAUGUUGUUCCUCUGUUUAGCAUACAUGAUGUUCUUUAGAUUUUCUAUCUGUGUCGUUGGUGAAAACUUGUCUCCCACAAUCCUUUUGCUGUGUCACCUGUUUGCCAAAGCCAACUUGUCCAUCAAUGUGUUUGUGAAGUAACUGGUUCAAAUUUUGUUUUCAUUUGUCUUUAUUACCCUCACUGGUACUGUAAUGAUAUUAUGUAUACCUCUGUAUACAACGCAAUAAAAUAACAUUUUACCCUCUUGAA